CUGAACUCUGCGUGGAUUGUCCUGUUACUUUUGUUGAUGUUGUGAUAGUGGGUGUCUGUAUGACAGCAUAAAAAUUUCGUCUGCCUUUAACAUUUUCCGAAUCGAAUUGUUUAAUUCAAUAAGUAUUCAAAUUUUUCAUAAUGGCAGAAUCCGAACCUAUGGAAGGUUUUAUUUGUCCUAUUUGCAUGACCGAUUUUAAAACUCCUGUACUUUUGACAAAACAUUUCGAAGAGUAUCACAAAGAUGAUCCUGAAAUACUUCGCUCUCUCAAAGAUUUAUUUGGAAAGGCUAAAAAGAAAAUAUUAAAGCAAGACGAUGUAGGUGAUUAUCCAGAUGCUAUUAUAAUAAAAAAUCAUAAACAUAGCCUAGAAAUCGAUUGGGGUCCACAAGAUAUUGGUCACAUUAGAUCUCAUACAAAAUAUUUUAAAGAAAUUAGAAAUACAAGAUUGGAAAGAUUUACCACUGAAAAUAAUAAAUUACUAAUAAGACUGGAUAAACUUUUAAAUCAAUUGCCUACUGAUCCUAUAGAAAGAAAAGCUUAUGAGCAAGCUAUAGUCCCAUGGAUGGAUGACAAAGAUGCUAGAUUGUGUCUUACUUGUGCAAAAAGUUUUAAUUUAACUAGAAGGAAACAUCAUUGUAGACUUUGUGGAGUUAUGAUGUGUCAUGGUUGCAGUUUAUUUUUAUCAUUAGAAAAAGCUCGUAAAAUAAUUAGCCCAGUAUCGGUUACUCAAGAUGACUCAGCUCUCUCGCCAACAACUGAAAAUAAAAGUUUUACAAAUCGAUUUGUACGCACAGGAAUAGGUCUUACUAAACUUGUGCGAUCACCUUCAAGUGGUAGUCUCAACACUGUUCUCUCCAUGAUGAGUGAUUCCAAUGCAGAACAAUUUUUUAGAGUUUGUCAGCACUGCAUGAACUUACUUGAUUCUCAAGAAAGGUUGAAAGCUAGGCACUUUGAAAAACCUAUUGUCUAUCAAUAUUAUGAAAAAAUGCAGUCUCAAAUUAAAGAUGCUAACAAAUUGUUAGAUACUUACAACAAAAUGUGGCAGUCCCUCAAUGAAGGAGAAUCUACUUACAGAUUGGUUGAUGCACAAAUGGUCAGAGGCAAAAUUGCUAAAAUUGGUGAUAAUAUUGAUGUCAUCAGUAAAAGAAUAGCAACACUUGUAACUAUCAGCGAUGAUAGUUCGGCAAUGUUGAAACAAGAGUAUAGAUUAAAUCAAAUGGUACGAUCUUCAGCAAUGUUGUUUUUAAAAAAUAACUUAUUACGAGCGCCACCAGUUCCGACAGAAGAAGAGUAUGAAAAAAUCAAACGAGAUAGGCAAGAAAGAAUAAAAGCACAAAUAGCAUAUGAGAGACAAUUAGAGCAACAGCAACUGGAAAAGCAAAGAGAAAUACAAAGAGAAAGACAUCAAGAUCGCAGCAUUAUUAAAAGUCCUACAACCCCUACUAAUCAGAUGAUUCUGGAUCAGUCGCAAGGCUGGGGUACUUCAAAUCGGCCUACUGGAAAUAUGAUGAUUUCAUCUACUUCUAUAGAUCCGUUCGUUGAACAAAUGAGUAAUUUAAAAUUUUAUAUCAAACAAGCAAGAGAAGAAUGUAAGUUUGAAGAAGUUGCUACUUUAGAAAAAAAUUUGAAAGAACUCCAAAGUGCCUACUUUGCUAUGCAGCAAAAUGAUAAUAAUAGUCAAGAGUAAUUAUUGGAACAAUAUAUAUUAGCAUGACGUUCUUAGUAGAGUGUAUAUAAUAAUUAUAAUUUCGUUACUUUCAUUCAUAAUUUAUUUAAAAUUCUCUUAAUAUAUAU